AUGGCAUCUGCACACAUUGUCUUCUACCUGAUGUGUUUGUUCUUGGGUGUAAUUGCUCAGAAGAACAACCUGCGUUUAUCCUCUGUUCAUGAAGAAGCACGUUUUAUAUCAGCUAAAUCUGGAGACAGAGUGACUUUACAUUGUUACUAUGAACAUAAUGUUGCUGCAAUUUUUUACUGGUACAAACAAACUUUAGGAGAGAAACCAAAACCCAUUUCUACUUUAGAUAAGUCAGAAGACAAUUUUGUUCAAUUUCAUGGUCCAUUCAACAAUACUACACGCUUCAGACUAGAUAAUGAAAAAGGAAAAAAACACUUGAUUAUCUCAGACUUAAGUGUUUCAGACUCAGCAACUUACUACUGUAUAUUUUCCUAUUUCUACACAUUAAUGUUCUUAGAGACCAUUAUUGUCAGUGUCAAUGAUUCAGAUUUAAAAGUACGAGCUUUAGUUCAUCAGUCAGCAUCUGAGACCAUCCAGCCAGGAGGCUCUGUAAGUCUGCACUGUAUGGUUCACACUAUGCUGAGCUGUGAUGGAGAACACAGUGUUUACUGGUUCAAAGACUCUGAUGAUUCUCAACCAGGACUCAUUUACACCCAUGGAGUCAGGAAUGAUCAGUGUGAGAGGAAAGCUAACAAAAGCACACACACCUGUGUCUAUAACUUGAGAAUGGAGAGCCUGAAUGUGUCUCAGACUGGGAUCUACUACUGUGCUGUUGUCUCAUGUGGACACAUACUGUUUGGAAACGGGACCAAGCUGGACUUUGGGGGAUUUACAGAUUCUGCUGCCCUGAUGUAUUUCUUAAGCGCAGCUUUAACACUCACCACCAUCAUCAGCGUCUCAUCAACUUUUUUAGUGUAUAAGAUGAAAAAGAGGAACAACUGCCAAUCCAGAGAGUCAAACACAAAUGAUUCUGUAAAUUUAGAGGUGGAAAAAAAAACUGUACCAAUUGUCUAUCUUAAGAACAGUGGGUCAAGUCCUGGUCAGUUACACCAUGAUGCAGACAACCUCCACUACACUGCUUUAAGCAUUAACCUACCCAACAGUUCAACGAGACAGAGGAACAACCGAGAUGAAUGUCUUUACUCCAGUGUCAAGCAGCAGGAAGAGGAGUACAGGAGUCUGGUGAGGAACAUUGUCACACGGACUCACACAAAGCUGCACCUGCAACUGGGGGGAGUGCGCGCCAUCUAG